GUCACACAAUUCCAAACCCAGAUGUAGCCAAUCAGACAGAUAUACUCGCACCCAGACGAAAUAAAUCGGAUUCCCGUGGAGUCUCAAGAUGCCGUUGGCCAAGAAGACGAUAAAAUCGAAAACCACAUCGAAGAUGCAGGUGGAUCCGCAUCAGGUAAAGAAGCCCAUGGCCCAGACCAACACCAAGGUCAAGUCGAAGACCAAGGUCAAGGUGAAGGUAAAGGGUAAGGGCAGCCCCUCGCUGGCGGAGCGGGGCAGCGGCGAUGGACCGCACCAGGUGGCAACCCAGCCGAGCCUGGUGGCGCUCCACUUCAUGGACAUAUCGCUGCGCCACUCCGACAUCCAGCUGCUGCAGUCCGACCACGAGGGCGUCAACGAGCGACUGGUGGCCUUUUACUACGCCCACCUGCAGCACCGGCGGUACCGCUCCCAGCCGGACCUGUGCUUCCUCAAUCCGGCCCUGGUUGCCCAACUCCGCCACAUGGACAUGCGCCAACUAUGGACGAUGGUGCGCGACCGCCGCCUCCACGAGAAGCAGUUCAUCCUGCUGCCGCUGGCCACCCACCCAAGACCCCACGGUCACUGGUCCCUUUUGCUGGUCUCACGCCCGGAUGGCAAGUUCUACCAUUACGAUUCAAUUGACAACUGCCACUCGAUGUUGGCCUACGCGGUUUCGGAAACUUUGCGAGCGCCCCUCGAAGCCUGGAAGUUCGUCCUGACCACGGGCCGUUGUCUCCAGCAGCAGCGCCAAUCGCCGAGCAAGGAGGGCCGCGAUCGCGAUCCCAGCUCCGGGAUCCACCUGAUGUGCAUGACGGAGCACGUGGCUGACUAUGUGUCCAGGUGUGAAUACGCCACCAGUUCGCUGCUCAUCGCCUAUGAUCAGAUCAGUGGGAUGCGCACCUACCUCCUCGAACUGAUCCAGUCGCUCGGAGGCAUCCUGCCGCCCAAAAGGAGCCACUAACAAAAAGGCCCCUGUUUUUGUUGCCACAUGUUCGUUUUGCUUUCAUUCGUUUGCCGCACAAUUAAAUCAAAUAAAAACUCCACAAAUAGAAGCAACAAAUCAACAAAAUCACCAAUAAAUUAAAAUGUU